AUGAAUACCAAAACGAUGCGUCUCCCCCCUCGUCGUGUGUUGACACCUACUAAUAAGCGCAAAGAGAGAGAUGACCCAUUUGACAGGCCCAAGCCCAUACCCGUACCAUCCACCACCACCAAAAUACUCAAGCCCGAUAGGCCUGUUGAGCCGAUCACCGCCACCAGCAAAGCCGGCUUUGCGGAGCCCAAGCCCUCCAACCAACUCUUAGCGGGCUACAUGGCCCACGAGUUCCUCACCAAAGGGACCCUACUGGGCCAGCCGUGGGCCCCACCCAGGGUUGACGCCCCACCGAAAGCAAAGUCGACGGAGGACGCCGGCGAGGAAGCAGAACCCACGGCGGCGGCGACGUGCCGGAGGACGGAAGGCGAGCGGGAAAGGUACGCCGAAGUGGCGAGUUUGUUGAAGGGUGGUGGGACCCAGCUCCCCGGCGUGGUGAACCCCACCCAACUCGCCCGUUUCUUACACUUGUGA